ACGUGAUAUAUUUUACAGGUUAUGUUAAAUUGUCUGCAAUUUCUGUUCAUUUUUCGUUGUCGUGCCAAAUGUGCUUACCUGCAUGAGAUUUGUUUCACAAACAUGGCAAGCCACUCGUUAAAUCACCGACCAUCAGCGGCAUUAAAUGAGGAAGAUAAAUUAAAUUUUCGUGGCGGCAAUCCAGGCGCCGUGCAGUUUGGAAAUUUUAUAAACUACUAUAAGUUUCAUCCUCCCAGUGAAAGAAUUCAAAUUCUUCCUAAAGAUAUUUGGGAUAGGUCCCAACCUUUUGUGAUGCUCGACAUUGGAUGCAAUGCUGGGGAUCUAACUGUGGCUUUAUACGACUUCAUAGUAAAUAAUGUGAAUAAAUCGUGUCAUAUACUAGCAGUAGAUAUAGAUCCCAUCUUAAUAGAACGUGCUAAAGAGAACACUGAUAAUCCUCACAUUGUAUACGAGUGCCUUGAUUUUAUGAAUAUUAAGGAGAAAGAUCUAUUGAUAUCUAAUUUUUUAGAUAAAUACAGUGUAAAGAAAUUUAGUGCCUGUUUUUGCUUUUCCAUCACCAUGUGGAUUCAUUUAAAUUACGGGGAUGUAGGUUUACAAACAUUUCUAAAAGAGAUUUGCAAAGACAGUGCAAUGGUUGUGGUGGAACCUCAACCUUGGAAAUGUUACAAAUCGGCUGUUAAGAGGAUGAAAUUGGCAAAUAGCGAAUUUGCGCACUACAAGCAUUUGAAAGACAGAAGUAAUAUUGAGUGCAAAAUUGACCAGGUUUUAUUAGAGGUAGAGGGAGUGGCAAAAGUUACAGAAACCAUUAACACUUCAUGGGGUAGAAAAAUAUCAAUUUUUAGAACUACCUAACUGAUAUAUUUGGAGGUUCAUCUAGUUAGGUACUGAUGGUGUGGACACGGCACAGUUUCCUAAAAUGUAAAGGCUAAUACAGAAACAUUAUGAAUUGUAACCGGAUUGAUACCUCACCUCAUUACUGGAUCUUUUUAAUUUAAAUUGAGAAAGGUAUUGUAUAUAAAAAAAUUAUAAAUAAAUUAAUGUAUUUCUAAACAUUUGAGUAUGAA